UGAGGCAUUGAUAUGGUAGCGGUAGUGUCAAGAGAAAACAAGGCGUCCCUGCAUGUUCCAGCGUCUUCUCGAUAAACGUCCAAGCUCCACGUGAAGCUAGGUAUCCGUAGGUUGCCAAGUUUCCAGUCAGCUGGGAGCUUCCGGUGAUGACGACAAUCUGGUGACAGUCUGUGUGCAGCCAUUUUUAACCUUCUCUUCCAGCCUGAAACUACGCGCCCUCUUUUUCUUUUUCUUUUUCUUUUUUGCUUCAUUGUCUAUGUAAAUUAUUGAUACCCGAAUCCAAACACACAGCUACCAAACCCAGUAGCAACUAACUGGUCCUCGAGCUUCCAACGCAGUUUCCCGCGGCCCAUCAAAGCAACGUCAGACCCCUGCGGCUGAGCAAAGAACGUCAGUGACGCACGUCCCACUGAAACUGCCGAGCACUCACAAAGCAUCCAUCGGAAAGCACCACCUUUUUUCGACGACGUACGAAACAACUCCACCAGCCACCUCUUCCAGCUCCCAGCUCCCAGCUCGACAACACCAAACGCCGCCAGCUUCAACCAAGUGCGCAACCUUCCAGCUCACUCCGACGAAAAAUCCUUUACCUUUAUCCCUAGACCGUCACGAUGGCUCCCCCGCCGCCGGCCGACAUGCCUCUUCCCCAGAGGCUGCAAAAACUGGCCUCGACCUUGCAGUUUGCUUGGUUCGCUGGUCACGCCGUUCUUAUCCUCUGCAUCACCAGAUAUGCCUUCUCAUGGAUACGAUUUAACUACUACGGUGGCAUGGCCUCGUUCUGCUAUCGGUCUGCCUUCGUUGCCGCGGCUAGCACAUACGGCAUCGUGGUGUACAAGACAUGGCGGGCUCGCCAAAAGACGGGCGCCAAGCAGCCCGGCGGUGCCUUGGGUUAUCUCUCGGAUGAGAACGUGCAAUACCUCUUGAUGGCCCUCGUCUGGCUCUUUAUGCCCCAGUACCCUCUUGCGCUCCUCCCGUACGGCAUCUACUCGAUCUUCCACGUCGCCACAUACACCCGUGCCAACGUUAUCCCAACCAUUGCUCCUCCCCAGAAGCUGGUUCCAGGUGCUGCCGCUUCCCCCAACGGCAAGCCCCAGUAUGCGCCCCACCCCAUGGCUGAUGCCAUCGGCAGCUUCGUCAAGAAGUACUACGAUUCCUCUAUGUCGGUUGUUGCCAGCCUGGAGAUUGCUCUUUGGGCUCGUAUCUUCCUGUCUGCCCUCUUCUUCCAGCGCCGUUCGUGGAUCCUGAUCGCUGUUUACACCGCUUUCCUUCGCGCCCGCUACGCUCAGAGCAGCCAUGUCAAGAACUCGUUUGCCCAGUUUGAGGCGCGCGUUGACAACCUGAUUGGUGCUCAGGGUACUCCCCCUGGGGCUCGCCAGGCUUGGGAUACUGUCAAGGGUGUCGCGAGGCAGUUUCACGGCGCGACUGACGUCAACAAGUAUGUCAACGGCGCUGCUGCUCCUAAGAAGUCAUCUUGA